UACUGAUAGUAUUAAUUCUGCAUGCAGAAGUCUUGAUGAGUUCAUACAAAGGCCAAAUAAUUCCACACUAAAUCAGAGGACUGCAGUGAAUAAGCUUAAUGAAAUUACUACAUUUACACAUAGGCUCCGAGAUAUUGCUAAAUGGAAUGAUGAUCAAUUAGCGCCACUUCGGGCCCAAAUACAGCAAAAUCUUCAAGUACUCAAUCAGGUGAAUAAUCAGCUUACACAGGCCCAGAAAGAUCUUAAUCAACUUCAUCAGGAUUAUCUUCAUCUUAAUGUCGCUCAUACUCAGCUUAAUAAUACUCAUACUCAAUUUAUUAAUGCUCAGACCAAUUUUAUUAAUAAUACUCACAACCCACUUGUUCAGGCCAAUCAUCAGCUUACCCAGGCCUAUAACUUCGAGCAUGGGCAAUUACAAAUGUUCCAACAAAAAUAUGUAAAAUGGAAAAGAAUAGCCAGAAAUCCUGAUGUUAUUUGGCUUGUAGGCUUUUCAAAUUGA